AUGCAAUUUGUGUUUUGGGGUCUGAUCGUAGAUACAAUAGAUUCUCGAGUAUCUAUUGUAUAUGACCCAGGACAUAGAAGGGUUUAUAUCGAAUCUUCAGAUACAAUAGAUUCUCGAUACAUAUUGUUUGACCUUGUUUGUUCAAGGUGGUCGGCCAAAGGAGGCCAGAUCACCAGUGGUGAUAUGGUUAGACCGGAUAAUUAUAAGAUCACGAUUUCCAGUGUCCUUGCAGCUUGUGCUCAUCUUGGUGCAUUUGAUCCUGGGAUAUGGGUGCAUGGGUACCUGAGGAGAAGUUGCCUGGCGAGUAAUGUGGUCAUUGUGCGGAUGUGUAGACAAAGCGUAUGA